AUGGCGCAACGUUUGUACGGCACCGGCUGGUGGUUAGGAGUACAAAUCACAUCAACAAUGCCUCAGUCUAAAAUCUGUUAUUGUCAUACGUUGUUAAACAAUGUCCCCUCGCAUGCGUCCACCAACUCUGUUAACACUGUCCCGCCUCAUGCGUCCACCAACUCUGUUAUCAAUGUCCCCCCUCAUGCGUCCACGAACUCUGUUAUCAAUGUCUCGCCUCAUGCGUCCACCAACUCUGUUAUCAAUGCCCCGCCUCAUGCGUCCACCAACUCUGUUAUCAAUGCCCCGCCUCAUGCGUCCCCCAACUCUGUUAUCAAUGUCCCGCCUCAUGCAUCGACCAACUCUGUUAACAAUGUCCCCCCUCAUGCGUCCACGAACUCUGUUAUCAAUGUCUCGCCUCAUGCGUCCACCAACUCUGUUAUCAAUGCCCCGCCUCAUGCGUCCCCCAACUCUGUUAACAAUGCCCCGCCUCAUGCGUCCACCAACUCUGUUAUCAAUUUCCCGCCUCAUGCGUCCACCAACUCUGUUAUCAAUGUCCCGCCUCAUGCCUCCACCAACUCUGUUAUCAAUGUCCCGCCUCAUGCGUCCACCAACUCUGUAAACAAUGUCCCGCCUCAUGCGUCCACCAACUCUAUUAACAAUGUCCCGCCUCAUGCGUCCACCAACUCUGUAAUCAAUGUCCCGCCGCAUGCGUUCACCAACUUUGUUAAUAAUGUCCCGCCUCAUGCGUCCACCAACUCUGUUAUUAAUGUCCCGCCUCAUGCGUCCACCAACUCUGUUAUCAAUGCCCCGCCUCAUGCGUCCCCCAACUCUGUUAUCAAUGUCCCGCCUCAUGCAUCGACCAACUCUGUUAACAAUGUCCCACCUCAUGCGUCCACCAACUCUGUUAUCAAUGUCCCCCCUCAUGCGUCCACGAACUCUGUUAUCAAUGUCUCGCCUCAUGCGUCCACCAACUCUGUUAUCAAUGCCCCGCCUCAUGCGUCCACCAACUCUGUUAACAAUGUCCCCCCUCAUGCGUCCACGAACUCUGUUAUCAAUGUCUCGCCUCAUGCGUCCACCAACUCUGUUAUCAAUGUCCCGCCGCAUGCGUUCACCAACUUUGUUAAUAAUGCCCCGCCUCAUGCGUCCACCAACUCUGUUAACAAUGUCCCCCCUCAUGCGUCCACGAACUCUGUUAUCAAUGUCCCGCCUCAUGCGUCCCCCAACUCUGUUAACAAUGUCCCGCCUCAUGCGUCCACCAACUCUGUUAUUAAAACGUCUGCUGAAGGCAAUCUAUCUUUUAAAGAGAACUCUAUCAGGCGACGAAAUUCAUUUUCUUUAAAAAGCAAUUUGAAAAAAUCUCUUCUAAAAAAGUGAUACAAAUGAUCUAAAACAAUCAUUUUAAAGUUUGUUUGAAAUUGCGUUUGGCAGAAAGAUACAAUGGGGGAACUGAUCCGGACAAAUAUCAAGUUAAUAAGUCAAACUGGAAUCCUGCUAAAUAUCAUCAUAUCAUUUUAGAAAGUAUUGUUUUAAAUUUAAGUCUCACACCUUACCAGAAAAUCAAAACAAGAUAAACAAUUUAUUCCUCAACCAGCAUAAAGCAGUAGAUGUUCACCUUACGAAUGAUUCAGUUAAAAUUAAGAACCGCAGACAGAGACUGUAUUGUUGUGAUAAUGGACAGAGUUUUAUUGUAAAGAAAACAGUGUUGCCAAUGUCAUCGGGAAAUAAGUUUUACAAAGUGUGCUCUUCUGAUACUGUUUAUCAAAUAUAAAACGCCUACAAAAGCCUUUGAAAAAAUAAACUAUUUUAAAAGAAAAGAAAUUGACUAUAUUAUAACUUUUCAUACGGCACUAGUUAUUUUUUACGGACUUUUGAAAGCUCGCACGAAAUCUCUUAUUCCAUAUGCUUUAUGUGAGCAAACUUUGCAACACAUAUCAAUUGCUUAUCUACCUGGCCUAAAAUUCCGACCUCUUGUGGAUGAUUCGCAAAGCUUACAGACUGUUAAUUUAUUAAAUACAUAUUGUUCUGAGACCAUGGUAUACCUCGGUUAAUAGUUUUAUAAGAUUUUGUUCUAAAAUUAUUGUGCACCCCGGUGGAGAGCUUUAUUCGAGAUGGUGAUGAUUCUCAGAAUACUUUCGGGCCGGAAGUUUUAUGAAUAUGUAUCAAAUGACUCGGAAUUUGAAAACCUGGACGAGUAUUGCUUGCGCACAUUUGUGCGGACGAUUGACGAACGUUGUGCGAUGACAAUCGUGCACGUGACUAGUGAAAAUUUAGAAAUAUCUUAACAAUGUGUUAGGUUUCGUAUUUAAACAUAUAAACUUGAAUUUUAAAGUAUGUUUCUAUAUUCUAGCUACGUUUUAAGCUGAUCUUUCUAUAUUUCUCUUAAUUUAGAAAUGGUGUUUUGGUGUUUUUUAAACGAACCAAAUCGACAUACAUAUAUGUUAAAUUUUAACACAUAUGCACACGGUCCCAUAUACAGGUAAACAUAGCCAUUUUGUACAUGUACGUAGACCGUAAUUUUCCCCACCCAGGGCGCUUACGUAACUCAUCAAUGUGUGAAAAUCCAGGUGAAGGGUAACUAUAGACCAGCAUGAAUGCAAAUAACAAAUCCUUAACGUCCAGUUAGGUUUUUCAUAACAGUCAUGCGGCAUCAUAAAUCGGCUCUCUAUGAAGGCAGAGGGUGCAAGGUAAAACUCCGGUCACUCAUCAAAAUGUUAUUUACCUGUUCUGUUACCUGAGAGCCAAACUCAUUCUUGACAGUCUAACAGUUUAAGAUAAUUUCUAAGGUAACCAAUGUUUGUUAAACAUGCUGUUAAUAUAAAUUAUAUUAUUAAAAAUAUGCAAAGUGGAACUAUUUGUUUAUUGCUCAACUGUGAAUUUCGUCACCGUUGACAACGCAUCAUCUUUCCUGCGAAAAGGCUGUUCAAUUUAUGUUGUUUUCAUGACGGUGUUUCGCUUUUUAACGUGAAAAAGACUAUUUUUUCUUGAUUUCAAAUAAUAAAAGUGGAUGCAAUAGAACGUAAAAUAUAAGGUUUGAAAUGCAUCUUUUUAGCAUUUAUAAGGGUAUGCAACACAGUACUGUUCAAACGUAUUCUCCAAGAUGCACUAACGCGCAUCAUAUAAUAUGUUUGAACGGAACUGUGUUGCAUACCCUCAUAAAUGUUAAAAAGAUUCAUUUCAAACAUGAAAUAGCAACCGGAAUAAGAUCAUUGUUUUAAUGUGUUUUUUAACAUGUCAAAAUAUUAUGAAUUGUGAUGGUAGUAUGAAUAUCAUGUGUGUG